AUGGCCUCAGCAUUUGAAGGUGUUGAGAAAAGGCUGGAGAUCAUCUUCUCAGCCUCCACGUCCAACAAAAAUCUACGGGAAAAGCUGACGAGAAACGUGCUGCACCAGAUCCUGAAACCGGUGGACUGCAAAAUCGAAGAUCUUCUAUCGGAAGAUCAAGUCGAUGCGUACCUGCUUUCAGCUUCUAGCCUUUUUGUCUUCGAUGACUUUGUGAUCUUGAAGACCUGCGGAAAUACUAAGAUCUUCGAGUGCAUGAAGGAGUUAAUACGUGUAGCAGCUAGAGAGGUGAACUCCGUUCUUUACACUAGAGCACUCGCCGAGAAAUUGAACGAUACGAACCUCGGGCUCGAGAAAGUGGAGGAUGCGGUCUUGGGUGUUAAUGACGAGAAGCAGUGGCACAUACUGUCUGAUUUCCCUCAUGCAGCCGACAAUAACACGAAAGAGGUACUCACCGUCGAGUUGUGUAUGAGGAGACUUGACCGAGAAAAAGCCUCGAUAUUUGAAGAGAAGACGAGCCCAACUAGUGAGAAAAUGACGGAGGCCUCUGGAAUUGGGCUCAUCUUCCCGGAGGCCAAACUGAGUACCUUUGCUUUCUCGCCUUGCGGCUAUUCGAUGAAUUCCGUUGAAGGAAAAGCAAUUUCUACCAUUCACGUGGUGCCAGAGGAAGCAUGGAGCUUCGCUAGCUUCGAGUGCUGUGGAUAUGAGUUCAAGGACGAUGAGAGUCUCCAGCAAGUGGUCGCUAGGGCCUUGGCAUGCUUCAAACCAAAAAUGUUCACGUUGGCGAUUCGUUCGAACCUUCCCGUCAUCGGUGGUGAGCCACAGUGCAACCUCGAUCCCGACGGCUACAGCUGCAAGAGGGAGAUAUGCUCGCUAGAAAAGGGAGGCUCCGUCGUCUACUAUUAUACCGUCUGA